GAUCUAGACAAGUCUGGACAAAAAUUCCACCACAGCUUGAAAGAGCAUCGCAGAAUUAGUAAUAUUCCGAAGUUUCGUUGCGAAAUGUUGUAAAAUGCGGACAAUAUAGCCUUGCGAAGUUUGCCGUUUUUCAGUCAUUUUGCAUUACAAACGGGAAAUUGAUAAUCAGUUUGAUCAUCUGAUUCUGUGUGAAAUUUUUGUCCAGACUUGUCUAGAUCAAAAUUUCACUUAAAAGGGGGAAAGGUCUAUUACAUUCAAAUAUAUAUUUUAUGCAAUCUUUAUAGUUAUCCAGCAAAACAUCCUAUAGACGAUUGUGGUUUUAUUCCGUUGAUGUUGCUCUCCUGGAUCACUCCUAUAAUGAAGAAAGGAUUUAAGAAACCUCUGGAGUUGGAUGAUUUGGGCAAACUACCUCGAAAUGAUUCAGCGUCCUUCAAUUACAGAAGACUUCAAAAAUUGUGGACGGAAGAAGUAAAUAAAAAGGGUUUAGAAAACGCUUCGAUUGGAAAGACGCUUUUUAGAACUGCGAAGACAAGAUCUAUUGCUGGUGCGAUGUUGUUUUUACUCGCAUUAAUCACCUCUUUUGUUGGGCCGGUAUGUAAAGAAAUCCAUAAUUAAAUUGAUAUAGUUUAUUAACUAUAUAGGCAUAUUAUACGUGCAGGCAAUUUCGCGCAAGUCGGAACAGAUGUGCAACAGGUCUGUUAAAUCCUGUUGUCAACAAGCCAAUAUCUGGAUGCGUCCGCUCGCCUUGUACCUGUCUGUUCUGACAGAUCCGCAAUUGACAUGUAUUUCUUGCUUUGAUAUUUAUUUGGUUAAAUAUUUCAACUUGAACGAGAAACAGGUCUGUUACAAGCUGUUGUGACAGAGCUGCAGCAAUGCUAUUUUCAACAGGCCUGUCGCAAAUUGUUGUGACAGAGCUGCAGCAACACAGAGUAGCACGUGACUGACCGUUGUAAACACUGCGCAAGUUUACGUUUUCAUGUACCCACUUUUUUUCAGGCGACCGGGAAAAAAAUGAUCAACUGCGCGUGCUCAGCAAGUUUAAAGUGAGUCGUCAUCAGGUCGUCAUCCAAUCAGAUGCAUUCAUCUAGUAACUUGCCAAGCAUGCGCACAAAAAAGGUACACUAGUUACGUCUCUGUAUGUCUCUACUCUGUGUCUGUGUCAACAACUUGCGACAGGGCUGUUGAAAACAGCAUUGCUACCACAGAGUAGAGACAUACAGAGACGUAACUAGUAUACCCACUUUUUUUGUGCGCAUGCUCGGCAAGUUACUAGAUGCAUGGAUCUGGUUGGAUGACGACCUGAUGACGACUCACUUUAAACUUGCUGAGCACGCGCAGUUGAUCAUUUUUCGCCUGGUCGCCUGAAAAAAGUGGGUACAUGAUAACGUAAUCUUCCACAGUGUUUACAACAGUCAGUUACGUCUCUGUAUGUCUCUACUCUGUGCUACGGCUAUGUUGUCAACAGCUUGCGACAGACCUGUUCCCGCAAGCCUGUUACCGCCUGACGAAACCAACAGACCUGUCGCGACUUGUUGACAACUUGCCGCAAGCCUGUAAAAUCAGCAGCUGCGACAGGCCUGUGAGAUUUCUGGCUGUAUAGGGUUCAAAAUUAAAAUAAUUUUGGCGUUGCACUGAGCUCACUGAAAUUAUAUUAACAAAACGAAUCAAUAUUUAAUUAGUGUAAUAAUGUUUUGAAACUAGAGCUAAAAACGUCCUAUACAGGACACAUUGAAAUUCAAAGUAUCAAAGUGAAAAUUUUAAAGUACUCGCUAUAGUACUUACUAGUACUUACUAAUACUUUGAAAUCAGAAUUUACAUAAUUUCAAAGUACUACUACUUUGAAAAAUAUUGAUUACAACCUUUAAAUACUCAAUUUCGGACUUUACUGGGAUUUCAAAAUCCUCGUUCAUUAAUAAGCCCCACCCCCCUGCGGCGCGCCAUUUAAAAAACGGGACUUGAAAAUACCAGCAAAGUCCUAUUUGAAUUAUUACAGUAAGCGUGAAUAAAAUGAAAACAGAGGAGUCUUCUAAAACAUUGUAUACUGUGUAGAUUGACAAAAUUAAAAUACUUGUUCAAGAAACCAAUCAAAUCUUUAUUUUGUUAAUGUAUACGAUUUUCAUCGCAAAGGAAAGCUGUACACGCUAGGGCCUCUCGUUUUUCUUGAAAUGGUAAAUAGUUAUUUGUCACCGGGUUUACGUAUGUGCAAAUUCCUUGACGAUCACAUUCACACAUGCUAUGAGAUAGUGUUCGAAAAAUCCAACCAUUUUUAGUCGGUGAGCCUGGAUACGCAUAUAGUUUCACCAGGGCCGUAGCUAGCAUGUAUAGUUGGGGUGGGUGGGGGUGUAGGCCAAAAAUUUCCGAAUGACGAAGAAAAUUUCCGAAUAUUUCAUGGCAUACGAAGCCACGAAGGUGUUUGCUAUCCGGAAAAUGUAGAUGCAAUUUACAAACAAAAAUACACAUAGUUUACGCAGACAUAUUACAGAAGCAUGCAGUGCUGUAGGAAGCAUUCUCGUACCCAGAGCCCUUCUUACGCGCGUUCGACCGAGCACGACGAGGGGCUCUGGCCAAAUCCAUAACCGGAUACCAUAAAAACAUGGUAUCCGGUUUAACACUGCGCAUGCUCAACGUCAAACGCGGAUAAACACUUCGGUUUUCUUGUUUGUUUCGUUUUGAAAGUUUUUCUCUAGGAAAACCCCACAAAAGCGGUAGGUUUCGCUAAUUUUAUUUAUUUAAAUCAAUUAGUAGGUAAGACGUGAUGUUCUCAAUGUAUGUUGAUAAAAUUUAGUAUAUAUUUCCCUCUUUUAAGAAACGAAAACGUUGUCAAAGCAGUAUAAAUGGAUACGGAUACGAAGACGAGAGAUUGUCUCACUAUUUUAUAUUCGAUUUUAAGUCGCUGUUGUACAGAUUUUUAUACUUUUUUUGUGUUUUAUUAAAAGUCAACAGUCAUACAUAAGACAUACUAUACUCCAAAUCCUUUGAAAAUUGUAAAAAUCGGUUUCUAGGAAGAAAAUAGUCACAAUUAACUUCAUAUUCUGGCUGGCUUUAUUUUCUCUUCAGAUCUAGAUGGCACUUCAGCUUUGAACAUGUAACACAGAUUUGUUUGAUUAACAUCACUGAUUUGGAAAUACGACGAGCAUCUCCCAUAAAUAUGCUGACUUUUUGCUACGAGAACAUCACGUCUCAACCUAUUAAUUUCAAUCAACUAAUUGAUUUAAAUAAAUAAAAUUAGCGACAUCUACUGCUUUUGUGGGCGAUUAUCAAGAACAAUCUUCCUAACUGCUUCGUACUGCUGUCCUUUCAACUUUAAUAAUGUCUUUUCUCCCAAUUUUCUCCAAAACGAAACCAACGCUUCAUGGAGCUCUUGAUUUUUAUUCAUAUUUUAUACGAUAAACCAUAUAUUUCGUUGUGGCCAAUCAGAAGCCAGUUUGAUAUGGAUUUGGCCAGAGCCCCUCGUCGAACGCGCGUAAGAAGGGCUCUGGGUACGAGAAUGCGUAGGAAGCUCUUUUUUAUUGGGGGCUAGCCUGCGUAGCAGUCGCUUUAUUUUAUUGUAGGUUUUGAGGAUUUUUGAAUAAAUGGCGAGUUAGAAAAAUGGACGAAGAAAAAAAAGGGCGGAAAAAAACCGGCGAAAAAUAAAGGGCGAAGGGAAAAUAAAGCGCCUGCAACCGUCCUUAAUAAAAAUUAAUUCCGCCCACUUACUUGAAAUUUCCGGCCACAUUCCACGGCGAAAACAACCAACCAAUCAGACACGAGCAGCAAGUAUGAAGUGAAGUGGCGGCGUAAUUUAUGUAAUGAAAACAAACAGACAUCGCGCACAACGUGUGAGAGUUUAAGAUCUACGGCCGGCUCAAUGAAUUUUAGCUCAAUGAUGAGCGCUAAGCAAUUUGAUUACUGUAAUAAAUGUUUGAAGCUUUCUCAAAUAACCUCAAAAAUGGCUAAGCUCGGCUAAAGCGAUGCAAUGUUUGCUGUAAUUUCGACAUUAAGUAACACCUCUUGGGUCGGAUAACGGGAUAAGCUUUCACGUCGCUUGACAGACGUGAUAAUGCUUAGUUUAACGUUGUGUUGAGAAUGGCAAAGUCGUUGAGAAUAUCUCUGGGACCCCUUUGUUCAUCUUUCAAGGUUAGCCUUUUAACAGUUUUUUUUUAAAGAAUUCGAUACAGCGCUUCGUUCAAUAAACAUUCUUUUGUCGUCUCAUUUGGCAUUUGUAUUAUUCAAAAUGCACGGACCGGAAGCGAGAACACCUUGAGCCAGAUUUUGACCAAUCAGUAUUUUCCGUUCAGAAUCUGAACGGGGAAUUAAUUUUUAUUAAGGACGGUUGCAGGCGCUUUAUUUUUCCUUCGCCUUUUCCUUCGCCUUUUCCUUCGCCCGUUUUUUCUCGCCCUUUUUCUCUUCGCCCAUUUUUUCUAACCCGCCAUUUAUUCAAAAAUCCUCAAAACCUACAAUAAAAUAAAGCGACUGCUACGCAGGCUAAUUGGGGGCAGACAGAAUUCUGAUGGUCAGAGUUUUAGUAUGAUAUUUGUGACGUUACUCUGAGUAUGCAUCCACAGCGAGCAAGCUGAAAAGUUUGCUUGGCCACGGUGGGAGUCGAACCCGCGACCUUUGGGAUACUAGCCCAAUGUUCUGCCAACUGAGCUACGUGGUCAAGUCGGUUCGAGUUGUUAAUAGAGUUUUAGUAUGUCGAAAUUUACAAUUUGCUUACAAUUUAGCAGAACUAAAUGGGCGAAGGCGUAUUUAAUUAACUAUAUAUUGCAGGAAAGAGUAUAGGUAAUAUGAUUCUUUGCGGUUUGUCAUGGAUAAUAUAGCCGCUUAAAAUUAAUCAAUAGACCUUUCCCCUUAUGAGUGAAAUUUUGAUCUAGACAAGCCUAAACAAAAAUUUCGUUACGAAAUGUUGUAAAAUGCGGAUAAUAUAGCCUUGCGAAGUUUGCCGUUUUCCAGUCAUUGUAUUACAAAUGGGAAAUUGAUAAUCAGUUUGAUCAUCUGAUUAUCAAUUUCCCGUUUGUAAUGCAAAAUGACUGAAAAACGGCAAACUUCGCAAGGCAACAUUCAACGAAACUUCGGAAUAUUACCAAUUCUGUGAUGCACUUUCAAGCUGUGGUGAAAUUGUUGUCCAGGCUUGUCUAGAUCAAAAUUUCACUCAAAUGGGGAAAUUAAGGUCUAUUGUCAGCCGUUCCGCACGUUGUAACCAAUAAUUUAUUGGCGCUGUAAUGCCAUUGUAUGCAAUAAAGUAUUGGUUACAAUGGAUUUACAAUUAGUCCAAACGCUAAUCCUAACUCAAACCCUAACCCUAAUCCCUAACCCCUAGCCCCACCGCAGGCCCUAACCCCGGCCAGCUAUCCCUCCGGGGAAUUGCACUACCGCCUCCCCUCCGUCCACCAAGCAAAGCCAAUUACACUUAUAACUAAAACUUUUGUGCAGUGGUUGUGGUUUUGUUUUCAGUUACAACCCAAUACUUUAUUGCAUACAAUGGCAUUACAACGCCAAUAAACUAUUGGUUACAACGUGCGGAACGGGUGCUAUUGUAGAGGUGUGCAAAUCCGAUCCGAAUCCGAUCGGUUCGUUCGGAUUUCGGAACCAAAAUGUAAAUUUCGGAUCGGAUUGAUAAAGUUGUUUCCUAGUCGGAUCGGACUUCGAUAUCCGAAAUAAAAUGAAUUAAUUAUCCAUGCAUUAUCGCAAGAAUUAAUUAUCCAUGUAUUUAUCAAAAUAUGGUUGCGGUUGUCGCUGCAUUAUUCGUUUGAUACUUCAAGUGGACGUCACUUUGUCAGCUUCUUGACAUGUAUUUCUUGCUUUUAUAUUUAUUUGGUUAAAUAUUUCAACUUGAAUGAGAAAUUUAUUUUAUUAAAGAAUUCUUCGGAUCGGAUCGGAUUGGAAUUCUUUUUCAAAACUCGGAUCGGAUUCGGAUUAGACAAUUUCGGAUCGGAUUUUAAACAUUAGGCAAUUGUCGGAUUAUAAACGUCCGAUCCGAUGCACACCUCUAGUCUAUUGUCAGUAUUUUAAAGGUAUAUUAUUCAAUUAAAUGAUAAAGGUGUGCAUGAUUUUCGGAAAAAAAGAAUGAUUAUCAGCAAAUUAUUGUAAGGGCUGCUGCCCCCGAUCGACUGCUACGACCCUGAGAAGUAAUAAACCGAAAAACAUUUACCGAUUUCUUUUACGUUAUCCAUGUAAAUGCCGUGAUUUCGUAAAUCAGUUUAUACCAAUGGUUUAUACUGACAAUACCAUUUUAUAAUAUUUUCUCUGUUUAAACAACUAAAAUUUUGUUAUACUAUUAUUGCCGUAAUUUUCCGAAUGGCCAACCCGAUUUUCCGAAUAUGUUAAUUCUACAAAAGUUGGGGGGGGGGGGGUUAACCACCCCCCAGUACCCCUCGCUAUGGCCCUGAGUUUCACCCAUGUGGAACUUGAAUUCAGUGUCAACUAGAUACAAAAGCCACGGAAAUAAGCAAAUUGGGAAGUCUGUUAUUCAACCGACAACAGAAAAACUGAGACUUUAUGAUGUAAGUGUGGUGCAAGUAUUAGCUGGAAGAAUGUAACCUGCAGUGUACAUUCAAAGAUGAGCAGCAUUUUAGAGUUAACAAUGCAAAUCAAUAGACCUUGUUGUCAGUUUAUUACAAUACAUGUACCGCGAAACAAUGUUGAUAUAUCUUCAGCAGUGGAGAAACCACAAGACAUCUUCAAAAAACUAUUCGGAUGUCUUUGAGAGAUUAAUUAGGUUGUAGAGAAUACCGGUUUCAGGUGGACCCGAACAUUAUUUCCUGUAAAAUACACUGCGAGACGAGUAGCUGUUUCACUAAAACCUGAGUUGAAGAAACACAUCCAAGUGCUCGGCAAAAAAGUCACCUAACAGACCGAUUGGAUCAGCAGCCAAGUGGCAACAAAUGAGCGUGUGUACAUCCGAGAGACUUGAAUAAAAACGCUCUCAUUACUCAAUGCCGACGAUAGAAGAAGCAUUACCAAAGCUGUCAAAAGCCAAAGUAUUUGAAGACGCUGUCGAUUGUGUCAAGCAACUGGUUACGGAGUACCCCGUCUUACGCUAUUACGAUGUGAGGGCUGUCUGCCAAAAUUCAGCGUGACAGUACAGCGAGACAUGCAGACUUGGAAACAACUGCUAAAACCGAAAGCCUAUUUAUGAGGUAUUUAUGUCGAGAACGUUGUCAGCAACAGAAAGAUGGUAUACACAGAUAGAAAAGGAACGUCUGGCAAUUGUCUUUGCUUGUGAGAGGUUCAAUCAGUACACAUUUUAAUUCUGGUAGGGAGUUAAUCGCUGUGCAGAGUGACCAUAAACCUCCCAUGAGAUUACAAUUAUGUGUUCAUACAAAGGUGAUCGAGUAAUUGUAGCAACGGCACUUCACAAAGAGAUCACAAAGCGCGUGCAUGCCAGUUACCAAGGAAACCAAGUGUGUUUUAGACGUGCCAACAAUUCUUGCCCGAUAUGACCCAACAGACAUGAAAGACUUUGGAAGACGUGAAUAGUUGCAGAAUAUGUAUCACUGCCAAGCCGAAAGAGCUGCUGAAGACACCUGCAGAGUUACCUUUGAUGUUGACAACUAUCUAAUGCCAGUAGAUAGUCUGACAAUGCUUCAAGCGUUCGUAAACAAGUACAAAUAACAAGCAGAACAUUGCGCAGUCCUUCAAAGAUACAGAUUUUCUGUUUUUGUAUAAUCAUGUACAGAGCGAUAUGCCUAGAACUUGUAUAACAAUAUAGUCACUCAGAAACUUUUUUAUGCAGCAGACUCUGACCGGGGGCCCAGCAUUCUGACUAAGGGCCCCCGGUUUUUGCCGGGUGGCGCCUAAGGAGUUACGUCACUGUUAUGUAUACAACUAUAUAUAUUUAAUUGGUAAUAAGGUUUAAAUUAACUCAUUAAAUAUUUACGUUCCCUUUAGGCUAAAUCUUUUUUGUGACCAACAAUAUUCCAACAAUGUUCAACAAUUAAUCGCACUUAAGUUAAUAAAGACGAAAAUAUUCUAAACUUUAAAUAAAGUUACCAAUAUCAUCAUUUGGAAUUAGUUAAGUAGAGUGCUGCACAAGUAACUUAAUUAAGUGCCAAUUUAGUAAAUUGGAGAUGAUAAAGCUAUUUUCAGAUAAUAAAGCUAUGAAAUGUCAAACAUUAAGGAAUACCAUAUAGUAAUAUUUGUGAACAAUGUCAGUCUAUACAUGUCACUCCAUUGACAUUUGGAUGAUCAAAAUAACCAACUAUAUAGAAUCACUUAAAGUGGCGACACCAAUAUUCUGUCUUUUCCAAAUAAUGGAAAUUAGGUUAAAUUUGGUUAAAAGUAUCUUAAUCUAUUUUACUUUAUUAAGGAGAUUAAAAGGAAAUGACCACCUAUCUCCUCUCAAACUCCUCAGCGGCUCAUUGCAUAAAAGUACGGAAAGUCAUGGACUAAGUCACGGAAAAUACAUAGAAACCUCUGCGGAGGAGAGAGAACUGAUGAGUUGUGUUUUCCAACAUCAAUAAAAUAUGCCCUCACUUUGCUCUUUAGCCGUUUAGGGACAAAAAGAAUGGAAGAACAGCACAUUUAUAUAGCAUCUUCCAUCGCUACCAGGCCUAGGUUUCAGCGACAUUUUUAUUAUCUUUUACUUGAAACGAAACCUUAGUUAAUGAUAGGUUUCACAAAUCAUCAGCUCAGAUAUAGGUUAGCAUUCUCUUUAAAAAUUCCUUCUUGAAAUUAUACUUUAAGCCUAUAAUUUGGACAAAUCUUCCCACCUUUAGUGAUUCUACAAGGAAAAUGGUUGGUUAUAGUUAAAUACAGUAUAAAUACCUGAAACGUCUGCUAAACCCAACGUAGUAAUACUACACAAUUGAGCUGGGGACAUUUUCUGGGUCGGUCACCCUGUACAAGUAGCAUAAAAUAUGUACCAUUCUAAUAAUAUCUUAAUGCUCAGCUCUAGAAGACUAAUCAAGUGCAUGGAUAGGAAAAUCGGUGCUGUUAUGAGUAUUAUCAGAUUGUUGAUGAGUAUAUUGAUCGCUUUUAACUGCUAUUUUCACACUUCUAAUUCUUGCCAGGCGUUUUUAAUCAACAGAAUUUUGAAAUUUGUGGAAGCAAAAACGGAUCCAGUUGAGAAAGGAAUCAUAUUGGUAGGUAUCUUACAUUUUGGUUUAUAUAGCCAGUAUAUAUAUAUAUAUAUAUAUAUAUAUAUAUAUAUAUAUAUAUAUAUAUAUAUAUAUAUAUAUAUAUAUAUAUAUAUAUAUAUAUAUACGUGCUAAAACUGUCUUAUAAUUUCGUAUAACGGAACUGUCUCUAAACAUUUUAACAUUUCAGUAAAUCAGACCAUAGGUUUUCAAGCAAGUUCAUAAUCAUUUGAUUAAAUUACCAUGGCCAGAAAUCACGGACAUGAUUUAUUCUACUUCUUUCGUAAUUUGCAUAUUACGUUGAAAUAUCAUGGCUUCAAUCAUGAACAAUGAAUUAUAUAACGCGACGUUGUUAUAAGUAUGACCUUUACAACUUGCUGAAUCGCUGGCUGCAAAACAAAGUCAGUCAAGUAUUUAGACGUGUAAUGUGGGCCUAAUUUCAGUUACAAUACCUAUAUAUAUAUUCUGCAAUUAUUCGCUAAGCCUAUGGUUUGAUUUACUGACACACUGGAAUGCCAUAAUUAUUUAGUUUCCACCUGCUUUAAUUCAUGCAUUUGGCUUGUUUUAUCUACAUCACAUGGUGUCAGAAGAAACUGUACUCUGCCAUUUAAGGGUGGGGGUUAGGUGCCUCGGUUAGGGGUUAGGGGGGGGGGGAGGGUUAGGUUAUCAAUGGGUCUGUAUGAUGAUACACAUCAUACAUAAAAGUGCACAUGUAUGAUGACAUACAUCAUAGAUUGAAGUAUGACCGUAUGAUGAUAUAUACUGAUAAAAAUGAAAAGACCAUGCAUGCUGUUUGGGAAAAGCAAUAGUUACUGCUCAGAGCAGUAACUAUUGCAGAGUAGUAACUAUUGCCUCAGAGUGACUGCCAAGCAUGGGCGUACCGGAAGGAAAAAAAUAGGGGGGCGGAAAGAAAAUUGCCCGACUUUCGUGAUUCUGCCCGACUAGUACCAAAAAAUUUUUUCCGGAAAAAUUAUUUUGGCGACCUCCCCCCCCGUCGCCAAAAAAAUUUCGGUCAGUGUACCAUUUUAGGGGUCAAAAAAAUUUUCCGGACAACCAAUAUUUUUCGAAAAUCACACAAAUUCUCGAAAAUCACAAAAUUUUCAAAAAAAUUGACUUAAUUUUAGACUAAAUUUACAGAAUUUGUCCCAGUUUUUUUUAUUGCAAACCAAAAUUGCCCGACUGUUGAUCGAAUAUUGCCCGACUGCCCAAAAAACUGGGGGGGGGGCUACCGCCCAAAUCCACCCGGUACGCCUAUGCUGCCAAGCCACCGAGGGAGCCAAUCAGAAUGCUCAAAGGCCAUUUUUCAAUACUGAAAUUAUGCUAAAAAGUCAUAAUCGCCAAUGGGAUCGCUUAUAUAUAGGUGGUUGGUUUGAUGAUAAGUGAAAUAGCUAGAAGUUGGAUUCAAUCAUUGAGCUUCUUAGUAAACAUCAGGACUGGCACAAGAGCAAGGUCAAUGGUGUGGACAAUGGUCUAUAACAAAAUGUCAAGAUUGAAAAAUGCUGGAGACAAAUCUAUUGGAGAGGUAUGAUGUCGAGCUUUCUGAUAUAUGAUUGGAGAGCACUGUGGUUCAUAAUGGUGAAAUUUGCUAACCGACUUACAUACACUAAAGAUGGAUCAUGCGUGGAUGAAUCUUGUCAAAGAAAAGAUAGAUCGCCUUUAUUCGUUUCCGUAUAAACCCAAAUACACUGAUCGAUAUCAUUUGUUAAUUAAAACGAACAGUCUGCGUAGUUGAUGAUCUGUCUGGUAUAAAUUGCGUGUCAUUGCGCUUUUUUACAACGUUUUGCUUUCAUGCAUCACCCGAUAAAGUUUAUCUGUACCAUAACCAGAUAAAUUUCCUGAAUAUAUCUUUGUACCGGCACUCCUUCUUUUUAUUGAAAACUUAUCUUGAAAAUAUUCUCCUAUCUAGCUUGUAAAUAUUUGUGCCAGCGAUGCCCAACGUGUUUUCGAAGCUUUUUCAUUUGGUCCUUUUGUACUUGGUAAGUAUAGCUAUAAGCAUGUUGCUCAUUACAAAUAUAUCCGGAAUUCCUGUUUUUUCUGGACUUGUUUAAAUUCUUACGUGAAAUACGCGAGGUGAAGUAAUUUUGUAAAUGGUCCAUUCUCCCACCUCUGCCCCCCCUCCCCUCCCCAUGUAUUGUUUCAAGUUCUUGUAUGAGAAAAUAACUCGCAUUCCUUGUUCUUCUUUGGUGUAGGUGGACCUAUCGCACUUAUUAUUGUUAUAGCUUACACAACAUACAUAAUAGGACCUUCAGCUUUGCUUGGAUGCUUUAUAUUUUUAAUAAUGUUUCCAAUUCAGGUUUGUAAUGUUAUUUUCUCCCAUUUCUUUGUUUCACGUUUGCCGGCAUAUCAUCUGUGGAUGACACUUUUUACGAAGAAUUAAAUGCAAAAUCCAGGAAGCCGCGACUAGAAACCUGAAGCUAAUGUGAAUUCGAAUCCUACUCGAGACAUCGAAUUUUCGUUGUUCCCUGCAGUGCAACAAUAAAUAUGAAACUGUUUCUCUAUUUCUAUGAAUUAGGGUGUCGUUGGAAGGAUUUCGGGUAAAUUUAGAGCAAAGGCUGUUCGUGUAACUGAUCAAAGAGUAAAGUUGAUGAAUGAAGUGUUGAGUUGUAUAAAGUUAAUCAAAAUGUACGCCUGGGAGAAGUCAUUUGCUAAAGUGAUUGGAGGUGAAGUAUUUAGCUUAUAUUAAUGAGAAUGACCAUAUUUAAUGUUGUAGUCUAGGCAUGGCUCAUACCCUCAGGUCAUCCGAUAUGAGAGUGACAACCGGGUGCAUAUGUUUAGCUAAUAUAUAGCAAACUGGGGAAUGCGGGGCGUGCUCUGUUUAGAGAGGAAUGUAAGCCGAAUUCAUUUUUUUCUGUAACAAUUGGAAAAUUUCGGUUUUCUAAUUUCUGCCGAACACGUCUUUGUUUGUUGUGAUCAUAAGGUGAAAAGUUCGGUGGUUAGGCCCGGACUGCACGGACAUGCUCACGAUCUAUAUCCAAGUAGCUCGAAUCCCAGGACCAUUCGCUGACCAUGUCAGCUCCUGAGUGAUUCACAUGAGUAAGAAAGACGACAUAUUUUAGUCGAUUUUUUUUCAGCCUAGACCUAGGCCUUCUAUUUAUAUUUUAGCGCUUUUUCAUGUGAGAAGCCUGGAGUCUAGGCAAUUUGUGGGCGAGGGACAUCACAUUCUCGUCCCUAGAGCCAUUUUCACUCGGUCACACUCGGUCACACUCGUUGAAAAUUAUGCUCUGGGUUAGACGACUAAAGAGAGAAAUCUGACUGGCUUCUCAGAGAACUGCUAUUUCGCAGAAGUUGAGCAACUUUCACUAGGCAAAUUUAUUCUAUCAACAUAUGUCAACACAAAUAUUUCGUUUCUUCGUAAUACUUCACUGUGAAAAUUGUUACGGGUGUUUAAGCGUCCCAAUUUAAGAGCAUGCGCUUUAGAAACUACUGCAAGUUUUCUUGCACUUCCAGUUCCGUGUGUCCCAGGGCCUAGGGAGGACGCGAGCGGCCGAGAGGCCCUGUGGACGAGGAUAGGGACGUCAUUGAAGUCGAUUAACCUGCAAAUCAAGUGCACGUACUGCCUGGCGAGUAAAAGCCCUGGCGAGUAAAAGCCCUGGCGAGUGAGUAAAAGCCCUGGCGACAGGGACGUCGCGAAGCCAUCAACAUUGGGGGGUCGUCAUGGUUUGACCAACAUUUCCUAGGAUUUUGACCAAGUCGUGCAAAUUUUCCCGGAAAUGUUGUCGAUGGGGGGAGGCCAAAAAAAUUUUCCGGACUAACAUAAGCAUACUAGCAUAGUCAAAAAACAUUUUCCGGACUAACAUAAGCAUAUCCAAAAUAUUUCGACCAAAAUAAGCAAAGCUUCCAAUUUUUUCACCGCAAACAUAACAAAAGCUUUAAGAUUGUUAAAAUUGCGAACCAUUUCAUAACUUUGAGCAACUUCGGUCAUCUUUUAUCCCGAGUUUUACCUUCAAAUUUACGCAAAUAUCAGUUCCAUUUUGACCAACUUUGGGCAAAUAUCAGUUCUAUUUUGACCAACUUUGACCAACGUUACCCCCCCCCCCCCCCCCCCCACGCCCUCCCUCCUAUAGCGACGUCCCUGCCUGGCGAGUAAAAGCUCUGGCGAGUAAAAGCCUUGGCGCCGGAGUAAAAGCCCUGGCGAUUAAAGGCCCUACCGGCCUACGUCUAUGCCUAGAUAUAUCGAGUAAGAUUAGCAUCCAGCAGCUUUGGUAGCUGCCAACCGUAUAAUUAAUGUGGACUGUUUUCUAUGCCAAAACAGUUAUAUUUUUCUGGUUAUAUUUGCACGACAGAUGUGAAUUAUAUACAUAAAAACAGUCCAGAACUGCUACAAGGUGGAUUUUACUUUGUCUGGAGCUGUUAAACAUGAUUUGCGUACUUUUUUUCAGAAAUCCGUGAAAAAGAAAAGACUGUUCUUGCUCAUUCAGCUGUUUUGCAAAGUUUAAAUAUUUCUAUGACUAGCGUUGUGUCAACCUUCGCAACUGUAAUCACUUUUAUUGUUCAUAUUUAUACUGAUAACAAUCUUUUAGCCUCACAGGUUGGUAUUAAGUACUUAUAGAUACUUAAACACUGAGAAAGAAUAUAAUUAUGUGUUUUACAUUAGUUGCAUGAUUGUGAUCGCAGGCUGCAGGCAAUUAUUUUUGAACCAAAGAAACAUACUUUAUAUAACGCGCUUGUUGUGUUUGUCGCGAAGAAAGUCUCCACGUAGAGCUUUUGUCUUUGGAUGAUUUUUUGUUAGGACAUGAAAAUAAAAUGUCCUCUUCUGAUAUUCUUGUGGAUCUUGUCCUUAGUAUCUUUUGUUAAAGUGUCAAUGAUGCGAAACAUUUUAGAGCUUUUAUAUAGCUACUGUAUAGUUUUUGCAGAUCCCCCCUCACCCCCCUUUUGUCACUUUCAGUUGUCAUACCCAUUAGCGUACGGAACAGAUUUGGGACUGACAAAAAUUUCCCGAUCUUGAUCCAAAUUGCCCGACCUAUUACAAAACAUUUUUAAGUAUAGAAUCUGCCCGAUCUUUUAGUAGAGUCUAACAUAAGCCCUCUCCUAGGCCUAUAUGGUCAUACAUACAUAAUGACUGGCCAGACAAAAAUGAAUAUAUUUAUACUGUUCCAAUCAAUACAUUCUGAUGAGGGAUAUUAUUUUAUUUAAAAAAUUGUUCAAAACACAUCCAUUUUCAGUUUUUAAAAAUGAUAUGUUUCAUUUUCCAUCCUUACCGUUGUGUUUCAACUUUUCCCUUAUAUAUAUAGGCUUUUACAGUGAUUAGCGUUUUUAAUACCAUGAUCUUCGCCUUCGCAAUCCUACCAUUUGCUAUUAAAGCUAUUGCAGAAGCCAGGGUUUCGAUGAAGAGGCUUAAGGUAUAAUAAAGUUUAAUUGUUUGAAGUUCACGGUUUUUUAAAACGAUGUUACCAUACUCUUACUGAGUUUCAGACAAAAACCGCAUUAUAGCAACAUUUUCCGGCUUAGUCACUGUUUAAUGUUCCCACUUGCAAAGAAAGAGGACAAGGAGAAUAACUUUUAAUUGCUUUCACGCAACAGUUUUCCUUCUGUCUGUUAGAACUUCACGAACUGCAAUCCAAAGCUAGGCCUACUAUAUAAUUUUACUUUCUUAUUUUUAUCUUAGAGUUUAUUGAUAAUGGAAGAACAUGAACCAUGGGCAACAAAACCUGAAGAUGAAAAUGUGGUCGUAGAAAUAAAGUCGGCUACCUUUGGAUGGAAUGAGGUAGGUAUAUUUUAUCAUUUAAUUUCCUGUACACAAAGCUACACCGCGUGUUAUAUGCUAUCAGCAAAUUCAUAGGCAAAAUAUAUACUCAUGCCCCAUGGAUUAAUAUUAAAUUCUUGAUGGCUGUAAUAGUGAACGACGUCUGACAUCAUUUCAGGUGAAGCUAAAAGAACAGAAAAAAAUCACACCAGGUGAAGAGAAAAACGGAAAACAAACAAAAGACAGUGUCAGUAAGGGAAAAGGUAUUGAGUUUUGUAAGAAGAGAUCGUGCCAAAAUUAGUUUAUGGGGUAUAUAAAAAGCAGGAUUUAUAGUGGAAAAAACAUUUCGUAAAAAAUUCUUCUUUGGAACAAAAUAAUACAUCUCCAAUCUAUUAACCUUUGUGGGGGAACGUCAAAACAACUGCAUGUAUGGGGUAUACAUACAUAAUUUAAAAAAUAGUUAGUGCCAGCAUGCAGUUGCAGGCCAAGUAGAAAUUCUGUAAACAACAAAUGCUUGCUGUGUGUUGUGUUGUGUUGUGUUGUGUUGUGUUGUGUUGUGUUGUGUUGUGUUGUGUUGUGUUGUGCUUAAGCUUAUUUGCAUGUAUUUUGUUUAUCAAAGUACUGUCAGUUCAAUAUCUUCGAAAGUAUCGGCAUUGGACCUGAUUUUCGUUUUAAAAGCACAAAUUAAAACCAUGCCCAUUAGUACAUUUUGUAUGAUCCCUAUAUAGUAUUUUUUUAUAAUGACGAGUAUUUUUCAAAUUUUUGUGUUAAAGAUCGAUCAUCUGCAACCAAUGGAAGUAGAUCAGGAGGAGGGAGGGGUGGACCUCCAGGUAGAGGUGGUCCUGCUCCUGAGGAGUUUAAAACACAGCUUGUAAAGACCUUGUUUGACGUUAAUGUCACUUUUAAUAAGGUAAAAAUAAAUUAGUAUUUUAAUUUUAUAAAAAUCUCAGGUAAUUCAGCCAAUGUGCGGACUGUAAGCAAGAUUACAUAAUUACAAUCUUAUUGUCGUGGUUGAGAAUAUAUUACAGAAUAUAGCAUUAAAUAUUAAAUAUUAAAAACGGCGACCGGGAUCCCGGGAUAGGGAUCAACCUUAAUAAUCAAAAUUUAAGAGUAAUAACCAUAACCCCUUCAUUCGUCUUCCAAAGGACCAAAACAACCAGGGAGGGAGGGAGGGAGGAGGGAGGGAGGGAAGGAGGGAGGGAGGGAAGGGGGGAAGAGGAGGAUAUCUCAAUGCAAUGAACAGAGCGCGUAUUAUUCAAUAAUCCUUAAAACCAUUGUUUAGGGUAAACUUAUUGGGAUAUGUGGCGGCGUUGGGAGCGGUAAAAGUUCUUUGAUCAAUGCAAUCCUUGCCCAGGUGAGUAGGGCGCCGUUAUUUGGAAAAUUGCUGCCACAUUUUGGAGAUAAAACCUACACGUGCAAUACCAUGAACACCAGUAGGUGCUGAUAAAGCCCAUUUUUGAUGUGGAGGAGGGAAGAAAUGAGAUAUAGAAGGUGGAGUGAGGAGAAGGAAUGCGCACGCGCCACUGAUCUGUAUAAACACUGGAUAACACCGUUGUUGAAAAGUGAAGACGGGCGUAAUUCUGUGCCACCCAAAUCCCAGUUUAUUGUAGAUUUGUAUUAUAGAAUCAUAGUUUCGCCUUCUAUACAUUGCUGAUUGGGGCAGUAUCUUGACACAGAAAAUGUUUUGAUUUCCAAGCGUUGAAAAAGGGUUUGCAAGUUCAUUCGAAGAGUUACUGUUUUGUUCUUGAUAUUCAACGUUAUUUUAAACAGACAAAGGGUAUCUUCAUUCAGAAUACACUCAGCGGCACAGUCAGGUUGUUCUGUCUUUUGACAGUUAUUUUGAAUAUAUAAAUAUAUAAUGUGUUUAAUUUAAUAAAAUGCUAUCACCUAUCCGCGUAAUAGCUUGUAAGUAAAAUUAGAAUUCGCUAUAAAAUUAAAAUCAGUAUACUAUAUAUUAACUCCGAUAAGUAAUAUAACGUUUCCUUAUUUUAGAUGAAUCUCGUUGAAGGGAGUGUCUCUGUCAAUGGCUCCAUGGCUUAUGUUGCUCAACAGGUACGCGAAUAGAUCGAAAGAGAUUUUUCAGCCGUGACUACGAUCACACGAAAUCGGACGAAUUCGAUUCCAUUUCUUCACACGGAAAUUCUUGCGGUUAAUUGUGCUCGAAUUCAUCCGGUUUCAUGCGCUCCAUGUAAACACGCAGGACAAAAUCGUACGGUUCUGAAUUCGUCCGAUAAUUAGUGAACGUAGUCUUAUGUCGUUAAAACAGAGUGCUUGCAUGAAACGUGUACGAUAAUCGACAUACUGUACGUACUGUACUGUUGUAUAAAACGUACUGGGGGUACAAUUUCGCUUUAAAUUUAUGUUAUUAUCAAGGCAUGGCUAAUGAAUGCUUCUGUCAAGGAAAAUAUCGUAUUUGGUCAAGUGUUCAAACCUGUACGGUAGGUGUAUAUUCCUUUGCAUUCCUUUUCAUUUUCAUAAUCUUAAAAAAUAGGUCAUGUGUACGGUCAGGAUCGUCAAGAGGAGUAGAAGGGGGGGGGGCAUCUUCUCCGGGGGCCCAACCCAAAUGUGGCCCUCAAAACGAAGAAGGUCCCGACAUCGUACUCAGGGCUUCGUAGUCCACGUAUACGUUGUCCGCUUCUCCCAUUUUACAACUAUGACGUCCCCCUUGAAAAGUUUGGCCCCUGGCCCAGCGCUUAUUCUCUCAUUAUUGAAUAACAGCCAGUAAUUGAUUGUCAUAUAUAGGUAUGAAAAAGUAAUUUCAGCAUGCAGUUUGAAGCAAGAUCUGGACAUAUUCCCACACGGAGAUCAAACAGAGGUCAGUCUUAUGAUACUAGCUGGUAAAAGAGUUGAGUGAAUUGCAUGUAUACUACCUAUAUACUGUAUAUACUGUAUGACGGAAACCGUUGUUGAUACUUGAUGGAUCCUGACAUUUUCAUCUUCAAGAGUGUUAGGGCCUUGUAUCAAAACGUCGCGGAGCCCUGGGCUAAUACGGGAGCUUAUAUUCUUGAAGGACACCAACGUCAUUUUAAUAAAACGUGAUUGAUUGAUUGAUUGAUUGAUUGAAUGACAUUCACUAUAUAUCACCAAAAGAAUGAAGUUUGGGGAGUUUCAAAAGUCGUCCAGGCUCUGUUGACAACGGCAAAAUACUGAUUGCCAUGCCUCUUAUACAAUGUUACCAUUAAAGUUUAUUGAAAUUGUUCUUCCUACUGAAACUGUAUUUAAUUCAUAGGAUAGUAAAUAUAUACAGGAAUGUUUUUCUAUGCAAUUAUAUAUUUUUGCCAUUGACGCGUCUUCUAUACGCAGUAAACUCCUCUGUACCCACAUUUAGGUCGGUGAACGAGGAAUAAACCUCAGUGGUGGACAAAAACAAAGAAUUAGUUUGGCAAGAGCAGUGUAUGCUGACAAGGUAGCCAUACCACUAUACUGUUUUUGUUCUGAAACUUAUACAUCUAGAGUUGGUUAUUAUAAUAGCUGAAUUAGCCCUAAUCCUUGGUUAAAAUUUAACCUUUUUUCGUGUAUGUAUUUCUGCACAUCUUUUUGUUUCAAAACUUCGGACUGAGAAGAAAAUUCCUACUGAUCCAGACAAGAUAUCUAAAGAAAUAUUUCAGAAUUUAUAAACAUGCUGUUGGGAAGUUUUCUUUGAAUUUUGCUUAUCUGCUUUCAAACAAUCGGCCCCUGAGUUAAAACUGCUUCUGCUGUUUCUAGGAUAUCUAUCUGCUUGAUGAUCCACUGAGUGCCGUGGACAGCCAUGUUGGACAGCAUAUUUUCGAUAAUUGUAUCAAAGGCACAUUAGCUGACAAAACUAUUAUUUUUGUCACCCAUCAAUUACAGGUAUGGUUAUCAGUUAUAUAGAUGUCUUGUUGUCAGAGGCCGCGGAAGCAUUUCGAAAGUGGAGGGGAAUUGGCCAAAAGGGGCACUUUUGUAUAUGACCAAAAUCAAACGAUUUUAUAUCGUUCACGAGCCGAACGAAAAUGUUUGAAAAUAUGGAAUCUCUAUAACGUCGGAAAUGGCCUUUACAGAGUCUUUACUACUGCAAAAAGGGCACUUUCUUUCCAGCAAAAAAGGGCGUUUAUUCAAGAAAUACUUUUUUCGUUCUUUAAAUGGGGCACUUCCUCGGAAAAAUUUUAAAAAAGUGAAAAAAGUGUCCCCUCCGGUUCCGCGGCACCUGCUUUAGAUCGUAAUUAUUAACGAGUACAUACAUAAUCUCUACUGUCUAUACCCAACAUCGCAUUUGUCCCGUUCCAUCCCUCAGCCAAUACUAUUAAAUACAACUAAUACAUAUUCUGAAACGAAUAUUGUUUGUCCACAUGUCGCAUGUCACACUCCGCAACAGCUAACGAUGUUGCAAAUAUAAUAAAUAUCGUGACUUCGAAGAGAUGUACAGUUUCAGUAUUUAAUAGUCGGACGUAUAUACAAAUGUAUAUAACUGCUUUAAGGCCGAUUUACAGUACACAACUUUGCCUAAAACUGUCGCGUGCAACCUGUUUAUAACUUGAGUCGUACUGUGUAAAUCAACAUAGCCUACAACUCACCUGCGACAACGUAGACGAGUUGUGCGCUUGAUUUCAUAGGCGUACGGGCAACAAAAGUUUAGGGGGCGGUCGCUUUUUGCACAACGUCUUGUGAUCCCCACCCCCGGCGCCAAAAUUAUUUUUGCCCGACAGUGAGCAAAAAAUUGCCCGACUUAAGAAGAACGAAGAACUGGGGAGGUUCGCCUAUGCUUGAUUACAGUACAACUCAAGUAGUAAGCAGGUUGCAUGCGACAGUGUUCGGCAAAAGUUGUGUAGUGUAAAUCGACCUUUAGAUGUAUGUUUAAUUUCGCUUUGCAAUAUAUGAAACAUCAGUGAACAAUUUAAACUGUUUUAUAAUAUAGUAUCUGAGCCAUUGCGACACAGUCAUUCUUUUGAAAGCUGGACGUGUUGCUGAAAUGGGUAAAUAUGAAACACUUAUGCAAGAUGAAAAGGUAUAUAGCGUUCAAAAUUAAACUAUUUAACGGAACCACCUAUGCUCAAGUGUCUCUGUAGACGAGAAAGAUGGCCACGCGUAGUAACAUCAAAUUUAAUAAAAAAGGGGCCCAAUUAAUGAAUGGUUGACUGUGUAGGGAUUUCAUUUCAUAUACAGUUGAAUCAGAAUGAAUAAUAAUCAAGAAAACCUUAGUUUGUAUAGGAAAACUUAGAGUUUUAGUAAAUGAACUGAUUCUGUAUAUCGAUAUUGGUUGCAAUACUAAUUUGAAACAUAGACCUUUAUAUGCAUAAUGACGUCACAAGGCUUGAUGCCCGCUAGGAAUGGUGAUCUUAGUAGCUUCGCCCGGGAAAAUUUCGAUAGUGGCCAUUUUGAAUUAUUUAAUUUUCCUGGGCGAUGACUACUAAGACCACCAUUCCUCGCGGGCAUCAAGCCUUGGAGCCUUUAGUAACAAGCUCUUGCAAGCAAAGCGAAAGUUUAGAUACAGCACACCACUUUACUACACAGUGAAAGUCCGCGUCUUAGCAAUCUGUUGUUGUGAUGUUGGUGUAAUUAUUUUAGGCGCGCUCAACUACACGUAAGUUGCAAAUGAAAUAAGUCAAUUCAUAUAACAACUUUUUCCGUUAGGAUUUUUCAGUUUUGAUAAACAAUUAUCAUCAGAGGUUGGAGGCAGAAGAGAACGAGGAUGAAGAUGAAGAAGAAAACACCAGUAAACUUCUUGAAGAAAUUGUAAGAAAGAGAACUCUUUCUACUCAAAGUAUUGGAGACAAUCAGCCAAAUGCGACUGAAGAAAAGAAAGAAAUGAACGACGAGAGUAAAAUGAAUGGAGUGGAGAAGGGAAAAGGUAGGACUGAGGAUUAAAAAUGAGUUUCCACAAUAUAAUAUUAAUAUGGCAUAGGAUGUUGUAAUAUCACUUGAACAGGAGUCAAUGAAUCAAUUUGCCUAAUUACGCCAAAGUCGCCAAUUAUAGGCCUAUAACAAUUCGUAGAAUUAUGACAACUUUUUCAAGACCGUUCCACUGAUUCACAUGCAAUUGCACUCGACAUCAUACGAGACUUCAAAUUAAUUAUAUCUUGUAUAUUAUAUAUUCCUGUUGAUAAAUAUUAAUUCAUUUGUGAGGUAGAAAGUACUCUAAAAAUGGAGUUAAAAUGUUGGAGUAAAAAAUACUCCCAAAACAGAGUCAACUGGUACCUUUUUUUUACUAGUAUCUACUCCUUGAAAUUAACAGUGUGAACACACAAAUUUUUCUUUAUUUUAGAUAAUCUUAUGAAAGCCGAAGAUCGAAAAAAAGGAGGUGUAUCAUUUUCGACAUAUAUACGUUAUUGUAAAGCAGCUGGAGGUUAGUUUCUCAGUCGUUGAGCAUGCAUGAUAUUUUAUAAUAUUCUCGCUCAAAAAUAUACAUCAGUUUUUGAUAAAUAAGUACUUUAUUCAUUCACGCACUGUGCCCAAUUAAUGGGCAGAAAUUCGCUCCAAAACACUCUAUAUAUACAUGCAACCGCACGGCUGCAUGUAUGCCAAUGUCUCAGUUAUAUAUAUUCCAUAUAUUUCGAAACUGCACGCUUGUAAAUUAAGCUAGACAUGCAUGGAAUGGUGCUAAUGUCCUUAUCCACAACCUUGAUUGUUGCUCUAGGUUUUUGCGUUGCUGCCAGUGUGGUAUUGAUCCUGCUCACCAUAACGUUGUUGAGAAUUUUUACUGACUUUUGGCUUGGGCGUUGGAUUAAUGAUGGAAAUGGCAACAGCGUAAGACGCAACUCUUGUUUUAGACCUGAUUCACUGUACAAUGUGACAGUGCCAUAUAUAUACACAUAAUAGUUGGAAUAUUUCCAAAUAGUAAAAACGAAAAAGUCUGCAUUGGUGAUGUGUGUCAACGACGAUAUUUCGUAGAGCGUAUCGCAGCUGAGUUAGGCUGUAUGGCAAUAAUGUACUGUAUAUUGCCUUGAAAUUUGACGCUGCAUGAUGAAGAGCAUUUGAUCGAAUCACUGCAUUUAAUUUAUUUUAGUUUUUAACUUACCCUGAAAAUUGAGUUGUUAACAAAGCAAUAAGCCCUGCGCGUGUGGUCAGUUUGUUUACUAAAAUUAAUUAACAUCUAUAGGCUAUAUAGCCUUAAUUCUUAAUUUGAAUACAUUUUUAAAAUUUUAGACUGAAAGUGAUUUGUCUCCUGGUGAAUUAAAUGACAACCCUGAUCUUGAUUUCUAUGCAGCUAUUUUUGGAUCAUCACUGGCACUUCUUAUGUUUCUUCUUGUCGUAAAAUGUUUCAUCUAUGUGAAUACCGUUCUGCGUGCUUCGUCUAACCUUCAUAAUCAGGUAUUCCGGGCUGUCACGAAAAGUCCCAUGGAAUUCUUUGACACGACGCCUAUUGGACAGAUCUUGAACAGAUUCUCAAAAGACAUUGAUGAGAUGGACACAAGAUUACCUUUCUUGGUCGAAGCUUUGGUUCUGAACUUGUCUUUACUACUAGUGACCAUAAUCCUCAUUGCUGUGCUAUUUUACUGGUUCAUUAUUGCGCUUGUUUUCUUCAUUGCUCUAUUCAUUUUCCUAAAUAUUGUUUUUCGUCGUUCUGUUCGUGAGUUAAAACGUCUCGAUAACAUAUCAAGGUCUCCUAUUUUCUCUCAUAUUUCUGCCUCAGUACAAGGACUUUCAACUCUGCAUGCCUACGGGAAAACUGAGGAAUUUGUGGAAAAAUUUGAAAAAUUACUGGAUGGAAAUACUUUGCCAUUUUUCAUGUUUGCUUGUUCUCAUCGUUGGUUGGCUGUGCGGCUAGAUAUAAUCACUAUUGGUAUUACAACAGUCACGGCACUGCUUGUGGUUCUACUUCGAGAUAAUGUUCCUGCUGCCAUGGGUGGACUGGCCAUUACUUAUGCUAUACGAGUAAGUAGCUAGUUUAUAGCAUCCCGCAUUUCCAGUAGCCUCCUCCGCAGGUAUAUCACCCGAGGAAUUGGGUGGUCGGAGAGGCCUGCGGAGGAAGCUACAUUUCCAGUAUCUUAUACGAUCUUGUUAAGGAAUUUCAAAACAGAACAGAAAUUUCUCUAUAGUAUUAAUAAUACUAUAUCAUGCAAUAGUUGAAUUUCAAUAAUUAAAAUUAAAUGCUAAACAUGCAGGAGCAUGGUCAUCUGUUAUGAUUCAUGUAUUUGCCGCCAAAGAUCAAUACAUAUAAAAUAUGUUUACAGUAGUUAUAAAAUAAUGAUUACUCGGCCUUUUUUUACAGUUGACCUGCAUUGUAACCAACUUGCAGUGUAUACUGUAUGAAACCUAUACAACGAUACUGUAUCUCCUGGGAUUUUCCAAGAUCAUAUCAGUUUCCGAUUAUCAGUUUCAAGAAUUUCCUGGAAAUAUUUGUUUCAGUAUUAUGUUGUUGCUUAUUGCACUAUUUACUAUUUGAUCAAAUCUUACUAAUAUCGUUCGCAUUUUGUUGUCAGAUGUCAGGUACACUGCAAUUCACAGUUCGUCUUACAGCUGAGACUGAAGCAAUAUUUACCAGUGUGGAACGUCUUCUUCAUUACAUCGAUAAUUUGAAGCAAGAAGCUCCCAGCUCAAUUCCUGACAAGAAACCUGCCGAUGUCUGGCCUGCCAAAGGAAGUUUGUCUAUGGUUGGUCUGAAGGUAACUUUUAUUACGUUCACCAAUUUAUAUAAAUAUAUCGUUCCUAGCCUACAAGCGUUGAAAUUAAUUUGUAGACGAUUGAAAAAUUUCCGAAAUCCCCCCGCUCCCUAUACAAUGUUGACUUGUCAUUCAGUAAUCAAUGUUUUGACCGACAUUGUGCUAUAGGAGGAGUGAGAGGGGGGGGGGGAGACAUGCAGUAUUUCUAAAUAUCAUGGACCAACUAUAAAAUAAUAAUAAUAUGGCUUUACAAAAUAGUAAGACAUGAUACGUUUUAUGAAAAGUCGAUGGAUAUUAUCAAGCAUGCCCAUAGCCCCGAUCUUAAUCCCCACUGGCAAAUCACAACAUAAUCCAAACGGUAUCUCAAUGGCGCUCACUUACGUGGUAUAAACUACAAAAACGGUCCACUGCUCAGCUAUACGCUCUGUCACUGCUCAGGAUGUUUUCAUUUCGACGCUGUAACUACUAAAAAUCGUCUUGAGCUGAGACAAAAUCAACAUCUAAAAUUAUCAGCCACCGUGACUACAUAAAAAUAUAUAAUAUAAAUUGCCAAUUCUAUUUCAGAACCAUCCUCAGAGAUAGGAAAACUAGUUUCAUAUUAAUCUGGCACUGCAAUCGAGCAACGAAAAAUUCGUUGGCUCGAGCGGGAUUUGAACUCGCAUCUUCGGGUAUCUAGACCGCCGCUCUACCUAUUGAGCUAUCGACGGUCUAGAUACCCGAAGAUGCUACCUAUCGGCGGUCUAGAUACCCGAAGAUGCGAGUUCAAAUCCCGCUCGAGACAACGAAUUUUUCGUUGCUCGAUUGCAGUUGUCAGAUUAAUAUGAAAAUAAAUUGCCAAAUUUACGAAAAUCUUAUAAAACUUGGAAGAUAAGAUCAGGCUUUCUGUUAGCCGUCUCUGUGAUUUAUAUAAUUUGUUAAUAUUCCAAUCAAGAAAUUAAAAUCGAUCGAGUGUCCUUUACAAGGGUUGCAUGUACGUUGUGAAGUUCAUUUCACAAUACGCGACGUUGUCCUGCGUAUUACGGUUUCAUUACCAUAAUUAUAAACAUUACUGAGAUAAUCCUCUCUUUUGUUUUACCAGAUGCGAUACAGAGAAGGUUUACCAUUAGUCUUAAAAGGCAUCACUUGUAAUAUCAAAGCCGAGGAGAAAAUAGGCAUUGUAGGUCGAACUGGUUCAGGAAAAUCUUCUAUUGGAGUAUCUCUUUUUCGACUUGUGGAACCUGCAGAUGGGACAAUAUGUAUAGAUGGAGUUAAUAUAUUGGACAUUGGUAAGAAUGAUCAACAGUCAAGUUAUACCAGGUUGUAAUUAUUUAAAAUAUAUUAUUGCCAUAAAAGAAGAUUUUCCCAUGCACGAGCUUUUCAUUAGGAUGGUAUCCAUACCUGUACUAAAGUACUUCUGUUGCUUUGAAAGCAAUGACGCUUUGAUAUGGUGGAUAUUUUGGCUCUAUAAACUACAUAACUGCAACCUAAUAUUUUAUUUUUCUUCCACUUAAACUAAUAUUUUUUUGUUCUUGUCUACUUUCCAGGACUCGAUGAUCUUCGAUCAAAAUUAUCGAUUAUUCCACAAGAUCCUAUCUUGUUCAUUGGAACUGUAAGGUAAUUCAAUGUGAAGAACCGUGAACACUUUGGGAAUAAGAGGCUAGAAUUAAUUUUCAAUUUUGGUAAACAUGCAUGAUGGUUAACCGAUGCAUAGAGCUAAGACUGGACAUGCAAACAUUAAUUUAAUUCAAUUAUUGGCAUAUUGUCUCAAUAAGAUUAUGGCUAUAUUGGUUCUCAAAUAAUGUUUUUAAUAUCGAUUAAACCAACUUUCGUUCCAUUAAGAAUCGUUGGCAUAGUUUUAAAUAUUUUCAUAUAAUUAUUAUUAAUUACAAAUUAAUAUUAUUAGUAUAUAUAUAUAUAUAUAUAUAUAUAUAUAUAUAUAUAUAUAUAUAUAUAUAUAUAUAUAUAUAUAUAUAUAUAUAUAUAUAUAUAUAUAUAUAUAACGUAUCGUAAACCAGAUAAACGUAUUGCUGCAGUUAUCCACCUGUAAACAUGUCUGACAAAUACUGUUAAUUUAUACAUGAUAUACCCAUGAUAUUUCUAAUUUGGUUCCUAUAAAUAGAUAUAAUCUGGAUCCAUUUCACGCACAUGCCGAUGAAGACGUAUGGAUUGCUUUGGAAAGAGCACAUAUAAAAGACACUAUCAGUAAUUUGCCGUUGAAAUUACAAGCACCUGUUGUUGAAAAUGGAGAAAAUUUUUCUGUUGGUGAAAGACAACUGAUGUGCAUGGCCAGAGCUUUGUUGAGAAACUGUAAGGUGGGUUAAGUGAUUAAUUGCGGAAGUAAGAAUGACCUUGUUUUACCCAAUUCCACCAACCAUAUUCAGGACCAUAAUCGGGAAAAAUCUAUAUUAUAUGGUUGGUGGAGUUGGGUAAAUACAUCAUAAUUGAAUCUCAUACUCAUUACGUCAUUACACGCGCAGUAAUAAUUCAUUUUCAAGCAAAUUUUCAAAAUUAGCCAACCGUAUUGCUUUAUUUUGCUCACAUAAAUGAUGCCUGGUUCAGUAUAUUGAUCCAGUCCUAGGACUGGAUCAAAAUUAAUUUCAUCCGUGGACUGAAUCAAAAUUAAUUCACUUCACUUUAAGUAGUGAUAUAUCUGUAUGAGAUGUCAUCCUCCAAUUCGGACUGGACUAGAUUUCAAGUACUCGCAUUUUGAUUCAGUCCUCGGCUUCCUCAUAGUCGGAUUUGAAAUAUUACAUCAAUCAAUAUAUGUUGAAUGAAAAUCAUCAAGAUUCAAUUCAUGUUAUAGCAAUCACGAUUGGGUUCUAUGCAUAUCCAGCUAACAAUAUAAUAGUGAUAUAGGCUAAUGAAUUACGACAUCCAUAUAUUUUGCCUGGUAAUUUCCAGGUAAUUUCCUCUGUGCAUUCUAAAAAAAUGUGGGACGAAUAUAAAAAGUGAUUUAUAUUGCUAUUGUUUUGAGAUCUGGUUAUGGACAUAUUGUAAUUUUCAGAAAUUCUAUUUUCUUCAAUAAAUAUGGCACAUCCAAUGCACUUUCCUAAAAAUCUUUACAGAUCCUUAUGCUUGAUGAAGCUACUGCGGCGAUCGACUCUGAAACUGGUAUGAGUUCUGAAAAUGUGUUCAACUAAAUUAGCCGCUGUGCAUGUUAGCAAGUCGUGGUUAACAAUUUAAAAAACAUGUUUAUUUAGAUGCAAAAAUUCAGGAUACGAUACGUGAAGCAUUUAAAGACUGUACUAUGUUAACGAUAGCUCAUCGUCUCAAUACAGUCAUGGAUUCUGAUAGGAUUAUGGUCAUGGAACAAGGACAAGUAAGUACAACGGCGAUCAUAUUUCAUGUGUGUUUUGAAAAUCACCCAAGAUGGCGUCAAUUGUGAACCGCGAGUAAUUAUAAACUGUUACUCAAACUUUAACAUGCCUUUGACAUGCAUCAUGGCUUAAUAUAUGCAACUUCAUUUGUCGUCUUGCAUUCAAAUAUCAAAAGAUGACAUUUUUAUGUGUAAUAAAUAAACCAUGUUAUAAUGUUCUCAUUUGGUUCAUAAGCGCACGAAUUAAACAGUCAAUCGCCAGGAUUUUGGCGGCAUUUAAUAGAGACAGAUUUAAGGCUGCUGACGCUCGUGGCGUCAAAACGUUUAAAACUGGUGAAAACUUUUAAAAGCACUGAAAUAACACAGAGUGGAACACAAAAACUAACCUCGUAAAUUUAUAUAAAAUCUUCCACUUUCUUUAUAAAGCAAAUCGUCUGCUUGCUUUUGGCACAUUAAAUUGCUUCGUUUCCACGUUUGCCUGUUUUAGCAUGGCAGGCGCACAUGAAGGUUACAUUCCCGUGUUUCAUGCACGAAUUUGUUUCGUUUUGAUCUUGAGUCCAAUCACCAACCUAUAUCCUUAACCCAUGCAACUGUGCAGGAAACAUGAGGAAAUAACCAAAUGAAUUGAUUCAAGAUAAGAAUGAGAUAAGAAUGCAAUAAGCAGUAAUAAAUAUUGAAUGUUUAUAUGUGUGCAAUCAUAAAAAUAGGUACGCUUGGCGUACAUGUAUCUGCGAGAAAGCCACCAUAUUUGUUUUACUGCCUCUUCGCAGGCGUACAGCCCUAAUUAGUCUACCUGAGUGUUUAACGCACACACACACACGAUAGCACACUGUAGUAUCUAGCGCUUCGCGCAGAUACAAAAAGUAUUUUCAUGAGGUGAAAUCACCAUCAUUAUUGAAGUUUUCUAAUAGGCCGCAAAGCAAGUGUAGGGCUCGUUUGUGCGGCAGCAAUAAUACAUUUUCAUCAAUAUAUUUCUAUUUUAUUUCAGAUUGUUGAAUUUGACAAACCGUCUGCACUUCUGGCAAACAAAGACUCACUCUUUGGUUCUCUUGUUGCUGCAACUGAAAAAAGUCACCAAAACAAGAGCAGCUAGAAAUGGGGAUUUAUCAGCGUCUUGUAUUACAUAAAUUCUAUGAAUAAAUAUUAGUACAUUACAGUAUAGAUUUAUAAUAAGUAGCUAUACUGGACAAAUAUUUACCAUCGCAAUCGCAAAAGAGAAUUUGCUAUACGCCCAUUAACUCACAUAUCUAUCAUAAACCUUUGACAUUCAUUAUUGGGAAUUAUUGCAAUUAGUGAUCAAUAGUAUAUAAAUUAAGCAAUUCAUACAGUAUACACCAUAUAUUUUUAUAUCAUUUCUAGACGUUGGUAUUUUAAAUAGUUUUCAUUAAUUCAUCUGUUAAUAAAUAUGAUUUUCUGAUAUCAAGACUUGAAACCACAUCUAUUUCAGCAACAACGACUGACUUACUUUUUGAAGUAAUUCAAAAAUAGCACAACAUGCAGAAAGAACUGUAGAUUUCAUUAUGAGUGCGACUACGAGUAAAUCAGCGAUCCAACAUGUUUGUAAUAAGAUGUUAAUUCUUUCAGAACUGGAUGAUUUUACUAUACCGGCUUCGUUUGAUUUGCAAAACGACAUCCUAUAUCAACCUGUAUUGCAGUGGAUAGCUAUAUAGUGCUUUUACGUCACGGGCGUAAAAUAGAGCCGUUAAUGUCGCGGCUACAGCUGUUCUUGCUCAGUGGAAUUCAGGAAAAUGCGUAGAUUGUUCUUUUGAUUUUCAAGCAAAAAGAACCGACGCCAUCACUAACGGGAAGAAACACGUCGAUUUCUUGAGUUUUCGCGGUCGUGCCAAAAUUUCCACUCAACCUAACCCCAAUAUAGUCCUGUUCUUGCGUGUUAGGCUAUGUAAGGUUUGUUUUAGAAUUUUCCUUGACAACACUAGUUACCAGUUUCCUUUUAAACGCAUCCCAGUCAAUCUUUUCUUGUAAAGUUUGCUGAUGCCUCUCCGUCGGCAAGUAAGGUUGCAC